GCAGCUGCGCCUGCGGACGGUGCUUUUCGUGACGCUGUUCGGCGGCGCAUGGGGCGACGUUGACCCCUUUGCCCGCGCCAAGUUCUUCGACGCGCACGUCGCGCUGACGACGCCGCUGGAGGCGGAGCGACGCGCCUUCUUUUGCGCCCACGCCGCACACCCGCCCGCGCUGUGCCAGGCGGUGGCCGCCCGCAGCGGGGGGAUUCCGUACAGGGGGCUGACGGAGGUUGCAGAGCACAUGGAGGCGAUCGUGCGCGAGGCUGCGCCGGCGGAGCGGCCUCCGCAGCCGCAGGUGCGCGGCGGGGAGGCGGGGGACGGCGCGUCGGCGGCGCUGCUCUCGCUCCGCGCCGUUCGGGCGUUCGGCACAAGCGGCUCCGUUGCGGCGCGGGAGUACCGUCAGGGUGCGGGUUACGUGGACGUGCAGGAGACGCGCUGGGGCGACAUUGCCGGGCUCGACGCCGUGAAGGCGACGCUGCAGCGGCUUGUGCUGCGCCCGCUGCGGUCCGCCGCGACGUACCGCCGCUUCGGGGUUCGCCCCUCGACGGGGGUUCUGCUCUACGGGCCGCCGGGCACCGGGAAGACGAUGCUCGCCCGCGCCAUGGCCACAGAGCUGAACGCCUCCUUCGUCUACAUCGACCUGCCGCGGUUGAUGCAGGCGGAGGUCGGCGAGUCGGAGCGGCGGCUGCGGGAGUUUUUUGACGCGGCGCGCGAGCGCAGCCCCGCCGUGAUGUUCAUCGACGAGCUGCAGGCCGCUUUUGGGGCGCGGCGCGGGCCACGCGGCUCGGUGGGCUCCACGCACGACGCGCGGCUGGUGACGCAGCUGCUCCACCUGCUGGACGCGGCGCAGGAGGAGGCGGCGCACUUCACUCUCUUCGUUGGGGCGACGAACGCGAAGGAGCUGCUGGACGCGGCGCUGCUGCGCGCCGGGCGGCUUGACACGCUGGUGGAGGUGCCGCCCCCCGACGCGGCGGCCCGGCGGUCCCUGCUGCGGCGCGCCGUGCACGGCGAGUGGGCGGCGUGGUUCCCCGCGGAUGCCGCGGCGGCGCAGCGGGCGUUGGUUGACGCCUUCGCGGAGGGCACGGCGGGGCUCAGCGGGGCGGCGGUGCGCCACGCGCUGAAUGUGUUCGCGCUUCAGUGCAUUCGCCUCGCACGCAUGGCUGCGAGCGGCGGCGGCGCAGCGGACUUCGCCCUGCAGCUGCGGGAGCUGUUGACGCAGGGAGGGGCGGCGGACGGCCUGAGCGCCUGCGCGGCGGCGGCCCUGACGCGCGCCCUCACUGCGGCGGCGCACCGCUGA